GAGUAGAGAGAAUACCGUCGAGUUGGGGCGUCGUCUCCUGCCGUCGCCACCGUCGAGCCGGACGUCAACUAGACAGGGAGAGUGGCCGAGUUGUUGGACGGACCACCGCCUUUCCCGUCCACUCUCUGCUACCACUUUUCAAUUUCGUGUGUGCUUUCAUCCCGUGUGUACAUCCGAUCAUAUUAUUUAACUAUUUAUUAUUAUUUACUUUUUAUCAUAAAUUAUAAAUUUAUAACAACCCCCGAUGAUCGAAAAUUAUUUCCAUACACAUUUUAAUUGACUUGUUUUUUUUUGCUUAGCCUGUCAACCCCUUAUUCGCUCCACGAGUUUAUUAUUUAAACUAUCGAGGAUACUGUGACCAAAUCCGGUGUGUGAUUUUUUUUAUUUACUUUUUUUUUGUAUAAUUUAAUAAAUUUUAUAUAGAUGGGAUAAAGAUAUUUGUCAAAAAUGUUACGAUGUCGUGUGUAACCGAAAGCGGUCGUGAUUGGAGUGACACGAUUAAAAUAAAUAAUAAUUGCGCGAAAUUAUCAGAAAUUUUAAAUCUGUCAAAGUACAACAGUCACUGCGCGCCGGUUAAUUAUUUAAAAUUAAUAAUAUCAUUAUCUAAAGUAAUUAAAACCAGUGAAUUACAAUGGCAGAUAUUCGAAAUAACUUUUGGAGCAGCAUCAACAACAACAACAACAAUAAAAACAACAACAACAGCAUCACCACCAGCAACAACAACAACAGCGUGUCAUUCAAAAGUUGUCACUGCCAACGUCAGUUAUCUAUUAGAACCACAACAACUACCACCACUUAUUACAAAUGCUGAUGAUCGUACCAUUGUAACUAUUGUUGUUGUUGUUAUUAUAACCAUCAUCAGUCUACAUACAGUUGUAGUUGUUACUGUACUUGUAAUCAGUAGUGUCUUGACAGCCGUCGCGGGUGUUUCAACAGUUCCUGUCAACUCCAUCACAGCACACCACCAGGUUAAAACACCCAGUUUAAGCGCGGCCUCAAUUACACGGGAAUGCUAGUCCGGACAAAAUCAACGUCACAGGCUUAUUGUUGCGGCUGGAGACGAGUCGAGUGGCCGCGGGACUUGGUGAGACGCACAAACGUCUACCUUUGAACGUCGCGGAGCUUAUCUACGACGUAGACGAGGUUGAGGGCUACACAAGUGUCGCCAGCCAGUUUGUAAUAACCUACCACAAUGGAUUGUGCAUUUUUUAAGCACAUACGAUGGCCGAUUCACGCGGCUUCAAGCCAAUAAAUUUGUGGAGCGGUGAUCCGGAUUCGGAGUGUCUUUACGAGGAGAUAUCAGGUCUCUCGUCAUCAAUUGAGCCUGAACGCCGUAGCGUAGGAUCAGGUACUAGUGAACAUAGCAGCCGGACAAAACGUAAAGUGAGUAGUCAGGAAACGCUCCAGCGUGCCGGAAGUGUUGGUCGUCGUGUGUACCAAGACCGCUCAGCAUCAGCUGGUGAAAAAACACCUCCGCAACCUCAAACCCGUCAUCACAGUAUUUCUUCAACUUAUCAGCAUCCGCAGCAUCAUCAGCAUCACCAGCAUCAACACCAACAUCAACAAAUUCAACACCAUCAAUUGCAACAACUGCAUCAGCAGCACUUACAUCAGCAACCGUACACAGAAACAACGCAGUUGCCGGGAUCAGUGCAUCAUCAGUUGCGUGAUCAAUUUGGUGGUACAAAUAGCAGCCCCAGGGUGGAGGAUCAAUAUGCCACACGAGGAUUCUACGGGGAGUCUUUACACGGCGCCCCAUUUGAGGCUUCAGCCUCAUUCAAGCUGACGAGGGGACGAACUGCUGCCCACUAUCAUCACUAUCAUCAUUACACCAGCAGUUUGCGGCGUCCUGGCGCAAGACCCGCACCUAGAUAUCACUUUCCACGCGGUGUAUUCAGUGAUGAGACGCAGGAAGAAAUACAAGAGGACGAUGAAGCUACUCUCAGAGAGUUGCUUGUAAGUCUGCAGAAACAGGUCAGCGUGAUGAGUAUGAACUUGAGCGCCAAGCUGGACGAGCUUCAGCAGCGGGGUGACCGUCAGCUCGAGACAACAGUGGCUCUUUGUGAGAUACGUACUCAGCUACAGGAACUCACCAAGAGCGUCGAGUCCUGUCAGAGCGAGGUCAGCGAAGUCAAACGGGAUAUGGUUGCGAUAAAGAAUAUUGUUCUUGUCACGCGUUGUCUGCAGCACGAACUGGACACGGUGCAGCAAGUCAAGGAGGAAAUUGAGGAAUUACGGGAGUACGUGGACCGACUCGAGGAACAUUCUCACAGACGGAAACUCAGACUUUUGGAACAGGGAUUAACAUUUUUCCUAGCGUACGCGAUAUUCGCUGCGGUCUUUGGAAUGCUUCAGUUCGGAUACAACACUGGAGUAAUAAAUGCACCUCAAGGGAAUAUUGCUAAUUUUAUGAAAGAUGUCUACAAAGAUAGAUAUGGUGAAGAUAUGCCUGAUUAUGUUGUUAAAAAUUUGUACUCAGUAGCAGUUAGUAUAUUUGCAAUCGGAGGAAUGAUUGGCGGAUUUAGCGGCGGCAUUAUUGCUAACAGAUUUGGCAGAAAAGGGGGAUUGCUAUUAAAUAAUGUACUGGGAAUAGUCGGAGCAUGUCUGAUGGGCUUCACCAAAGCGGCUCACUCAUACGAGAUGUUAUUUCUGGGGCGUCUUAUUAUCGGUAUUAAUUGUGGAUUGAAUACGUCACUAGUUCCCAUGUACAUAUCGGAAAUAGCACCACUAAAUUUGCGAGGUGGAUUGGGCACAGUUAAUCAGCUGGCUGUUACUAUCGGUCUCUUAAUUUCCCAAGUACUGGGUAUCGAACAAAUUCUGGGCACUAAUGAUCGCUGGCCUGUUCUACUGGGGCUGGCUGUCAUACCGCCUAUUGCACAACUACUGUUACUGCCAAUUUGUCCAGAAUCUCCAAGAUAUUUGCUCAUUACCAAACAGUGGGAAGAGGAGGCGCGCCGAGCAUUAAGAAAACUUCGAGCUAGCAACCAAGUUGAAGAAGAUAUAGAAGAAAUGAGGGCUGAGGAACGAGCUCAACAGGCUGAAUCAACAAUUUCAAUGGGCGAGCUUAUAUGCAGUCCAACUUUAAGAGCUCCUCUUGUUAUUGGUGUGGUCAUGCAACUAUCACAGCAACUUUCGGGUAUUAAUGCUGUCUUUUACUACUCGACGAUACUGUUCCGAAACGCUGGAUUGUCUGACGAAAGUGCCAAGUUCGCAACCAUUGGUAUAGGUGCUAUUAUGGUUGGUAUGACGUUAGUAUCCAUACCGCUAAUGGAUCGUACCGGUAGACGAACACUACAUCUUUAUGGUCUGGGUGGAAUGUUUAUAUUUUCCAUAUUCAUCACCAUUUCGUUCCUUAUAAAGGAGUUUUUCAAUUACGUACAGGAAAUGAUCGGGUGGAUGUCUUAUCUAUCAGUGGUAUCGACACUUAGUUUCGUAGUGUUCUUCGCCGUGGGACCUGGUUCGAUACCUUGGAUGAUUACUGCUGAGUUAUUUUCACAAGGUCCACGUCCAGCUGCCAUGUCCAUUGCUGUACUUGUUAAUUGGAUGGCUAAUUUCGUCGUCGGUAUCGGUUUUCCAAGCAUGAUGAUUUGCCUUGAUAACUAUACGUUCCUACCGUUCAGUGCAUUCCUGGCUGUUUUCUGGAUCUUUACGUACAAAAAGGUCCCGGAAACUAAAAACAAGACCUUCGAAGAGAUUUUGGCUCUCUUUAGGCACAACCACGACAGGAGCAGCUUACGGGACAGCAGACUUUAUGGGAGCAUGCUAAACAGUACGAAUGCAUUAGAGGGUCACAUACCGCCAGCGGAGAGCGCAGCCCUGAUGGUGGCCGAGGAGAAGCCACAUCCUGAUUCAUUUGUGUUUGCAGCUGGAUCAGAACGCUCUUCCAUCGCUCCCGCUCAGCCGGAGAGGGCACCGCCCCCGCUUCCCCCGCCACGCUUUCCGAACAGCGGUGUCUGACAAUGGGAAACUCCUCUUAAUAUUGGGAACUUUAUGAUAAUGAACACACCAAUACCACUGCUAUUGAGUACAAAUAGUCUCACAUUGGAGAAUCAUCUGUACGAUUUAAUAACAGAACGCAGUAAAGCUUGCGCUUCAUUCUUAAGAAAUAGUUUGAGACGCGCCACUUCAAAUGCUAACAAUAUACAAUGGAAUAUUAAUAUCGAGUCGGAUUUAAUUAACACCAGACAUCAAACAAAUUUAUCUACUUCUUCAAUUCACUAUUAAUAAUAAUCAUAAUAAUUAUUAUUAUUAUUAAUAGCAAUAGUAGUUGUUCAAAUUUCCGACUGCUGUCUCUCCAAAAGUGUUCACGUCACGUUUUAUUAAAAAAAAAAAUACCAUCAGCAAUGAAACGUCAAUAAUAAAUUAAAAAUUAAAUGGACAAUUAACGGUAUGAAAAUAAUAAUUUUUUUAUGCCUAUUUAUCAUUGAGUGCAAGUUAACUAAUUUAUUAAAAGACUCCAAAAAAUUUGGCGCGAGAAUUGAAUCGGUGAAUUUAAAAAUUUAAAUUAUAAGUAGACUUUUAUUAAUUUAAAUAAAAAUGUGCGACUUGUGGGUGUAACGGAAGGUUUUUCAGUGCACAAAUAAUAAUUACGAUUGUUCAUUAAUCUCGAUAAAUUUUACAAUAAUGAGAUAAGUAAUAACCUUUUACGUGAUUGUAAUUAUGUAAUUGGUAAACCUUCCAUUAUAUGUACAUAGAUUUUUUGUAUAUAAUUGUAAUCACUUAAAUUUCAUUUUAGAUUAAUAACAAACAAUUACUGUUUAUUCAUUUGAUAAUAAAUUGUGUACUAUAUUACUCGAUGGUAAUUAGAGUAAUUAAUUUUAUUUAGUUUAUUAAUUAUUGUUGUUUUAUAUAUUUAUUGAUGAACAGUAUUUUAAAAUCUGUGAUUUAUAAUUAUAAAUAUAUUAAAAUAAUGGAGGAAAAAAAUUAAUUGAUAAAUUUAUUGGUUAAUUAAUUAAUUAAUUAAUAAUUAAGUAAAUGUUGAUUGAAAAAAUUUAAUUGAAAUUAUAAUGAGUAUGCUGUUAAAUGAAGAUGUUAUUGAUUCGCAAUCUCAUAUCAAAUAACCAAAGGGUAAUAUAGUACUGUUUAAUUAAAACAAUUACUAUUUAUGAUUAUGAACUAACAGUCUUGUAUUUAUGUACUGGUUAUUAAUUUAUUAGUAGGCAAAUUGAAAAAAAAAAUUUAUGUCUGACCAAGAUAAAUUUAUCUACUUAAACUUAAAUUGAAUUUAAAAAGUCAGUUUAUUGUAUUGAUUUGAUAUUUAUUUUAUUAACCCAUUUUAUUAAGAUACAAAUAUGAGUAAUUGUUGCAGUAAUAGAAUUUUUUUUUUAAUAAUAGGUCAGCCCUUUGAAAAAUAAUUUAAAUAACUAUAUAUAUAUAUUUAUAAAAAUAUAUAUGAACCACAUAAAUACAAGGUGUUAUAUAUAAUCAAAGAAUUUGAGUUGUUAAGGGAAUUUUUAGACAGUGUCCCCAUUUUUUAAAAAUAAACAAUAACUGAACUGUCAGAGCCGCAUUAAAACGUUAUUAAUUAAUUAAAGAAAAGUUAAAACAUUAAUUAAAAAAAUGACGUUACAAUUUCGCCUUGAUAUAGAUUUGAAAAAAAAUUACGUAGGUAUCAAUUAGGAGUUAAACGAAAUUUAGCGUAUAAAAUUUGACGUUUGAAAUAUGAUAGGGUAGAAGUAGCAUUUGUGGUCACUGCUCCGUUUUUGGGCAUACAAAUCAUUAUUUUAAUUAAUAAAAAAUUAUAAAAUAAAAUUUCCAAUGUAACAGAGUAAUAAAAAUAUCUUUGUAUCCAUUUUAAAAAUUAAUUACGUCAUUGCGUCUUUUCAAAAUUAUUUCAUUUAAAUUUUUCAUGUUCAAAACUGAUUCUAAAGUGCCCGAAAACGGUACCUCUGCCCUACUGACAUCAAAAUUUUACUCAAAUUUAUUUACCAAUUUUCAUUUAGUUCCUGAUUGAUAAAAACUGAGUCAUUUUUUUCAAAAUCUAUGUCUCAGUGAAUCGUAACUUUGUCUUUUUUUUGCCAAUGCUUCUACUUUCUUUCAAUUAAUUGAUAAAAUAUCAAUACGGUCAUGACAGUUCAAGAUAAUUAGCUAUUUAAAAAAAAAAGGGGGGGGGGGAUAAUAUUUGAGAAUGUCCUUAAAAAAAAGUGUGUACACUGGAUUUACCAAAAACUAAAAUUAAAAAAUACGGCUGUAUAAAUUUUAAUCGCUAGCGUAUCCAUUCGAUAGACAAAAAAAAUUAAAUAAAAAUAUUAAGGGCCAGUUUUUCAAACCGGGGUUUUUUCUGAGUUUCAAUUAAUAUCACUAGUAUAUUUAUAUAUUAACAAUAUAUACAUAUACCAGCAAUAAUAAUUGCAACCCAGAUAAAAAAACUGGGCCUAAAUAUAUACAUAUGUAUUUUAUAAAUCGAAUGAACUUAUAUUCGAUUUGAGUACACACGUGUUCAUAAAUUUGUUUUAAAUAAACGCAUUAGAUAAAUUUUUUUUUAGCAGCUUCACUUAUUAAAUAAAUUAAAAACGUACAAUUUAUAAAACGACGAAUAGCUACGAUUAUAAUAAAUAAAUAAAUAAAUAAAUUUUAAAUUAUAACGAACGACAGCUAAUCGUUUUUAAAUAAAUACAAUGAAAAAUACAAUGAAUUUAAACGUUGCAUUAAUAUAUAAAUAUUCAAAUUUAAAUUUAAUUCGGUUUUUAAUUUAAAUUACUGAUAUAUCGUAUAGAAUAUUCAAACAAUUAACAAUAAAUGUCAUCGACAUUUAAAGUUAUGUGUAAAAUAAUUAUAAUGUAAUAACAAUAAUUAUGAUAAUAAUAUUUAUUAAGUCCGAGGCACAUUUUUCUUAGACGCGUAAAUUUGCAUACCACAAUUAGGUAAUAAACGAGCAAUAAUUGCAUAAAUAGUUUUGUUUUUGGUAUAAAUGAUUAUUGAUUAUUAAUAAAUAAAUAAAAUUGAUUAAUAAAUUUAGAUAGAGCCUUAAGAAAUUUGGAUCAGUCCAUCGAGCAAGUGAUUACUUAAAUAAAAAUAAAAACUAAUAAAUUAAAUUGUCAAAUAUAAUAAGUUCACUGCCAUUCAAAUGACUUGCGCUUUAAUGAUUAAAAAAAAAAAUGAUUUAAAAAUGACAUAAUUAAAUAAAAGCGCCAAAUAUUCCAUGUGAAUGUGUACAGUAUGUUAAUGUACUUAGUUAUAAUUACAUAAUAAUAAUGAGUUAUUAUGUAAAACUCAAUUUAGAUAUUAAAUAAUAAUAAUAAUUAUUAUUAUUAAUAUUAAUGAUAAAUAUAUAGGAAUAAUUACAGAGCUAAUGAAUGAAAAUGAUGCACGCUUUAAGGUAAUACUGCAAUUACACAUGUGGUCAAUGGUAAUACGUUCAUAAAUAAUAAAUUUUAUAAUAAUAAUAAGUAAUUACUAUUAAUGGUGUAAUUUCACUUUACGCACUGUAAAAUUUUCAUUAAUUAAUUGAUUAAUUAAUUAAAAAAAAAAAAUGACAGUGUGAUGGAUUAUUAUUAUUUAUUGAUCGAUAAUUAAUGAUUAAAAAAAUAAAAGUUCUUCACUUAAUCUUGUAAAUAAAACGUUGGAUCUAUUUAGUGUAGUGGAAAUAAAACUAGUUUUUAAAUAAUUGAUUAAUAAUUAUUAAAUAAUAAGCCAUGAGUUUAGACAAAAAGAUCUUGAUGCAUUUUCAAUCCAUAUAAAAGCUCUGUGAUUAUAAUUAAAAUAAUUAUAAAUAUAAAUUACGCUGAUAGAUUGCUAUGUAACUAGAAAUAAUUGUGUACAGUGCAGAGUGGUUUAAAAUUUAUAAUAACCGAGUUAUCAUUAUUUGGAGUAACUAAUAGUUGAUCGAUCAGUAAGAUCGUUAUUAUAAAUAUUAUUGAUUGAUUAAUUAAUUAUUUGUUUGUUUGUUUGUUUAUUUAUUGAUAAAUUUAAAUAAUGUUUUUUUGGAGAAAGUUCUAUGAGGACCAACUCCUGAUAAAUUUUAAAACUACGUAAAUUACAAUAUGUAUCGAAUAAAAAAAAUAUUAAAUGCGUAAGAAAAUUAAUAAUAAUAAAAAGAAAUUAACCAGUAGUAUCUGUUAAGACAUUUAAAAAAAUGAAUAGUAACAAGAGAAAAAAAAAUUAGUGACUAUGCUAAUUUCCUUAUAAAGAAAAUCUCCAAUCCUUCAACUUUAUACUAUCGUCAAUUUUGUUAUUCAAUGAAUAAAGAUACAUUAAAGACUAAUGCAUUUUAUGGAAA